GGAAUAUUGCCGUAGUAGAAAAUUAUUUUACCGGUACAGAUGCUGAAGAUGAUGUAAACAAUAUUAAUGGUAACGAAUUUGAUUCAAUAAUAAACAACGAAGAUAAUAAUAAUAAUAAUAAUAUCCGAUCGAUAAUAACCGGUGAAAUUAAUAAUAAUAAUAAUAACGAAAUAUCAAAACAAACAACAAUAAUAACCGAUUCGGUAAUUAAUUCAAUGAGCUCUUAUCAAUUUGUUAAUUCAUUAAGCUCGUGCUAUGGGCCGAGCCGUGGAGAUAAUGGUACAGCUGCAGCGGCUGUAGCUGCUGAUUAUUAUUCACAACAAGUUUAUAAUAGUUGGUCAUCGAAUCCAUCAGCGGCUGCUGCAUCAGCAGCAGUUGCGGCAGCAGCCGCUGCUGUUGGUCAAUCACCAACAUCAUCACCAUAUACAGCUUAUUUACAACAAAAUGGUGGUGGACAGGGACCUGGUGGUCCUAAUGUUCAAGAUCAUCAUCAUCAACAACAACAUCAUAAUUCACAUCAAACAUCACAUCCAUUAUCAGCAACACAUCAUCGUGACAUUUAUAAUACAGCGGCAGCAGCAGCAGCCGCUGUAUGUUCACAACAACAAGCCCUAGUUGGUGGCCAACAACCAGGUGUAACAAAUAAUCGUUUGGCCAAUAGUCAUCCACAACAUCAUCAACAACAUCCACAUCAUCAAACAAAUAGCCAACAACAACAACAACAAUUAAUGCAAUCACAAUUAUCACAAUUACAGCAACAAGCGGCAGUUGUUGCCGCAACGAGGCAAUCAACAAAUACAUCACCACAAUCAAGCUGUAAAUUUGGUAUUGGUGAUCCAUCACAAUCACCACAAGAUCUCAGUACAUCAAGUGGUGGUGCUGGUCAAUCACCGGAACCACCAUCAUCACAACAACAACAACAACCACCAUCAUCAUCAUCAGCAUCAUCAUCAUCAUUAAAUAUACCAUCAACAUUACAAUCAACACAUAAUAAUAAUAAUAAUCAAUCAUUAACACGUGUUAAUCAUUCUAAUCAAAAUUCCAGUAGCUCAACAACAACAACCGGUAAUGGUGCAACAAACAGUCAUCAUAAUAAUAGUAAAUUUAAUUCACAAAAUAAUAAUAACAGUGGUGGUGGUAAUCCACCACAUAUUUAUCCAUGGAUGAGAAAAGUACAUGUUGGUCAAAAUGGAGUGAAUUCAAUGGGCGAAACAAAACGACAACGUACAUCAUAUACCAGAUAUCAAACAUUAGAAUUGGAAAAAGAAUUUCAUUUUAAUCGUUAUUUAACACGUAGACGUCGUAUUGAAAUUGCACAUUCACUUUGUCUAAGUGAACGACAGAUAAAAAUUUGGUUUCAAAAUCGUCGAAUGAAAUGGAAAAAAGAACAUAAAAUGCAAAGUGUUAUACCACCACAAUUACCUCAAAUGCUUGGUCCAAUUGAUCAUCAUUUACAUCAUCAUUUACAUGGUGAAACAAAGGUAAAAGGAUAUUUUCAGCUAUAAAUUGAUUGAAAUCCAUCGAUCACACAUCGAUCAACAGAAUCCACAGUCGAUUUUUUUUCAAUACAAAACCGGUCGUGUUUUUUUAGUCGUCAUCACACGUAAACACGUGUAACACCGUGUAAACCGAAAACAAACUUUUUCAAUUUUCAAUUUUGCAAUAUCAUUCAUUCAAAACAAAACAAAACAAGGCAAAAAAAAUUUUCCAAAUCCUAAUCAACCGAUGAUGAAAUCAACAUUCAUUGUUUAAAUGUCAUCAUCAUUCUAAUCGAUUUUAAAUUGUGCAAAGAAGAAUAAGAAAAAAUCAAAGAUUUACAAUAACAACAACAAAAGUCUUUCGCAAGUCACAAACAAUAUGAUUGAACGACGGCGACGACAGCGACAGUUUUUUCAUCUUUAUCAUCAUCAUUAUCAUCAUCACUCAAUAAUUAAUCAUCAAUUUGGAUCCCACCUAUAAAUUUGAUAAAUUUUCUCUAAACUCACAUGCGCUCUAUUUAUCUUUCUUCUAACUGUCAUACAAUACGCCCACACACACACACACACACACAAUACACACC